AUGCAGCACCUCCAUGACCCCCAGGUCCACAACAAACGCACCUCCAUCAACGAGCUCCUCAACCCCCAGCUCCCCCCGCUCGCGACCGCCCUCCAGUACCAUCAUCACCUCCCCCCGCCUCCGGCGACCACUACGUCCAGCUCGGUCCACCCGCAUAUUCUCUGCGUGCAGCGAACUGGGAGUCGGGCGGCGACGACCUCUCCGCAACCCCAGCCUCCUCCCGCGCACGCCCAUCCACAUGCUCACCCACAGUCAUCGUACCCAGAGUCCUACCAACAUCCGCAUUCCCAGCAUCAGCCGCAGCCGCAGAAGCCGCGGCCGCCUCGCGCGGACCAAAGCUCGCCGUACUCAAUUGACGGUCGCCAGGCCUGGUCCCCGACGCAUGACACUCCCGGCGCGUCUUACGGACCGCCGCCGAUGAUGGCCCCCGCCGCGUAUGCGGACGAGCGACAAGGUCAAGCGUCCGCCGCCGCCGAACCCGCGUCCAGAUCGAACUACCCGCCCCCACCCCCGCCCCCGCCAGCGGCGUACGGCGAAGUCGCGCCCCAUCCGCACCCGUCCCAGCAACCGCCCGUAUAUGCGCAUUCAGCCUACCUGCCGUACCCGUACCCCCAGCCGCCCCCCCGCGGCGCCCCGUCCCUUCGCGAGCGGGGCCCCGCGUCGCCCCAAGGCUACUACGCGCACCCAGUCAAUAUGGCCUUCGCUGCCAUCCCGCUCGCUGCGCCGCCCGCCGUUCAGCAGAAGCGCGCGCCUGAGCCUGCUGACGACGACCAGGCCGGCCCCAAGUCAAAGAAGGCUCGGGCGGCGAAGCCUAAGCCCGAGCCCACAUCUGCCGCCGCACGUCGCGGGUCCAACGGCCGGAAACGCAACGACUCACAGGCAGUGUCCCAAAACGCGGAGGCGACCCUUCCCCUCACGCGCGCGAAUGUGACGGUGCUCAUACGUCCGCCUCCUGAUACAGGCAAGGACAAGGCUUCCGGCUCCAGCGGUCCCGCGUAUGGUGCGAUGCGCGUAGUCACCGAGGCCGACGGCGCGGUCAGCCCCGAUGCCACAGGUCCCCUGCAGCCGGAGUUACAGUUCGCGCGGUGCAUGUCGAACCGGUACCGCUCGGAGGAGUUCCCGCGCUGCGUGUCGUGUACGCGCCGCUGGGCGGGCGACACGUGCCGCUUCCAAGGCAUCCGCUUCUUCCUCAAGAACCAGAACCGGGACAUAGUCGGCAUCAGCUUCGUCGAGAGCCAGAAACCGGACGCGCCGACUAUGACAUUCCCGAACAAAUGGAACGUGCCGCUCCAGAUGGACCACAUUUUCCACGUCCAGCGUGUGCCCAUUCUUUCCGAAGAGGUUCUGCACAUGGCACGGCCCGAGAUCAUCCUUCGUCCGCGGGAGAACGAAGUGCGGGCGACAUGCGACACGUGCAUGACGUCGAUCUUCACGACGAGCUGGAUGUGCCGCCUGUGCGGGCGCGAGGCGUGCGCAGAGUGCUUCGCGCAGGUGAAGGAGCUCACCGUCGACCGCGCGGACGCGACAGAAGCCGAGAACGCGCAGCUGCAGGCGCGGCGCGAGAAGCACGCGCACAUCAACCCGUUCUUCCUCUCCUGCACGCGCAGGAACGAGCACCAGGCGAAGGACUUCUCGCCCAUGUCCCGCUUCUGCAAGGCCGAGCUCCAGCGCGCGAUCACCGAGAUGGAGGCCGUGGUGAAGGGCGCAGCGCGAGCGCGGGCGCGGACACGACGCCCGGACGGGUCUCCGACCGCGACCUACACCGACGUUCGCCGCCGCACCGCAGCCGCCACAACCUCAGGGUUCACGUACGCGCCGUCGACCGCGCCGUCGUCGUCCGCAUCCGCUGCGCCCUCCACCACGCCCGCAGCGGCUCCAGUGGUGCCCUCGCACGUGACGGUGACGUUCACGGAGGCGGAGUGCACGGACGCACGGUUCCGGAGCGUAUGGGAGACGGGUGUGCCGCUCGUCGUCACCGGGCUCGGGCACCGGUUCCGCAUCUCGUGGACCCCGGAGCACUUCGCGCAGAAGUACGGGACGCAGAGCUGCCUGAUCCUCGAGUGCCAGACGGAGCAGAACAAGCGGGUGACCGUCGGCGAGUUCUUCGCGCUCUUCGGCAAGUACGAGGGGCGGAUGGACUGCUGGAAGCUCAAGGACUGGCCACCGUCGACGGACUUCAAGACUGCGUUCCCAGAUCUGUACGAGGACUUCAGCAACGCGGUACCUGUUCCCAACUACGUCCGGCGUGAUGGGGUGUUCAACAUCGCGUCGCACUUCCCCACCAACUCCGUAGGGCCCGAUCUCGGCCCGAAAAUGUACAACGCGAUGGCCUCCUUCGAGUCGCAGGGUAGCAAAGGUUCGACCCGGCUCCACAUGGACAUGGCCGACGCAGUGAACAUCAUGACCUACGCCUCGGCGACGCCGGACGGACGGCCGGGCUGCGCGGCGUGGGACAUCUACCGGGCGGAGGACACGGGCAAGCUCCGCAAGUUCCUCCGCAGGCGGUUCAAGGGCCAGUACCAGCACGACCCGAUCCACUCGCAGCAGUUCUACCUCGACGCGAGCCUCCGCCAGGAGCUCUACCGCGAGCACAACGUCAUCAGCCACAGGAUCUACCAGCGUCCGGGCGAGGCGGUGUUCAUCCCUGCCGGAUGCGCGCACCAGGUAUGCAACCUUGCGGACUGCAUCAAGGUCGCGGCCGAUUUCGUCAGCCCGGAGAACAUCGAGCGCUGCGAGACGCUGACGCGUGAGUUCCGUGAGCAAAACCAGUCGAUGGCCUGGAAGGAGGACGUGCUCCAGCUCCGGACCAUGAUGUGGUUCGCUUGGCUGUCGUGCGUGCGCCAGGAGAAGGAUCUGCUCGAGAACUGA